AUGCCGAACUGCGGUGAAUGCGCCAACGCCAGCAGAAGUAAGCCAGCGUUUGCAGAGCCGCGCGUUGAGUUGGCCCCUCGUGCAGGUUUGACCACGAAUUCGACCUAUCUCAUCAACGCGUCCGCCAACGUGUCUGCGGCGGCCAACGUCACGCCAGAGACGGCGGCCCAGAAUUUCUCUAACGGCACAGACGUCGACGACAAGAGGUCGCUGCUGUCGCUGUCCGACCUGCGGAACGGCACCCUGCCCGCCGCUGAUGCAGGCGGCGUGGUGGCGCUCGCGGCAGUGGCAGGCGCGGGCGCGCCGGCAGCCGCGCGGCAGCUGCUGGCGGUGGCGGCGGCGGGCGCGGCAGGUGUGGUGGUGCUGGUGCUCUCCGUCUCCGCCGUGCGCUGGGGUGCCGCGCAGGGCCGCGCGUACGACUCCCGCUUGAUGCAGUACAUCUCGCUAUCCUGGCAAGUCCGACGGCGAGGAGGACGGCGGCGCCGCCUGGCGGCAGAUCUUGCUGCCCGACCUGGAAGGUCACCGGACAGGAGCCGCCUGCCGCGACGGCCGGGAGUGGCUGCCCCUGGAGUGAGGGAGGGCCCU